AUAAAAUUCAUAAUUCACGAAUCACGAAUUCGGGUCGUCGAACAUUGGCGACUAAUAUAAACAUCAAACGCACGUGCUCCACAAAAUGUAAAUUUUGACUAAAUGGAACCCAAAAUUAAUUUCAAAGGAGGCGGCUCCUUUGUAAAUAAACCGCCAAAGUUCUCCCUAGACGGCUGUACAAUUUAUGUGGCUUGGAAAAACACCAUCGUGUCGUACAACACAAAGACUGCGAAACGUUUAAAGUCGUUCAAGGGGUUGCGCGAUUCCGUGGCCGACUUCUGCGUGCACCACUUCAAAAAUGUGGAGGUCGUCACGGCCUGCUCGGUACGAGGCGAGCUGAUAUCUUGGAAAGCCGAUGUGGGACUUCGCCUUCUAAAGCAGCGCCUUCCCAACGACGCCCAAAUCGAGUCGUUUCAAUUCGUCGAUCAAAUCAGCGACGGGACACACUGCAGGUUUCUAGUUUCGUGGUUGUCGAACAAAUCCAUACGCUUCGGUUUGUUUAAUACGGAAAACCACGAACUUCGUAAUGUUCAAGUGAAGCUUAAGGUCGGCAGUAAGUACGAUGUUUCGGUCUCGAGCGAUGCACAUUCCCAGUCGCCCUUCAUGGCGGCCACUUGCGGCAACCAGUUGUAUUACACCAAGUUUCUCAAUGGACGAAUCUAUGAGUACGUAUUUUGAUGCAAAAUCAGGAUGGCGUGAUGUGACCGUUGUCAACUCAAAUUGACUGUCAUUUUUUAAGUUGACAGUAAGAAUAGCAAUGACAAAACCUUAGACCAUAUAGUACAUGGACUGC